AUGUGGGGGAAACUUCUCACUGACACCUACAACAAGGUGCGGACCAAGGCGGACGAGGUUCGCCAGCAGGUUUCGAACACAGUGCAGGCGCAACAGGCGACGAUCUCCAAGGCACGCGAUGCGCUUUUCUCCCUGGGGCUUUCGUCGCAGAAUGGCCGGCUCCUCAGCCGCGCUAACGCGAUUGAGGAAGCCGCCACGGCAGGCCUCACCGCGGAGGAGCUGAUGCACCAACUGCAGAAGGAGGCGAGCGGUGUACGUACAGUCGACGAAGUCCAUGACAUGCUCCUUCUCUGGCGAAUGCUCACGUUGCAGUCCGCGCUGCACAGCGCGCCUCGCUUCGCAUCCGCGGAGUUCUUGUAUCUGCAGCAGGGAGACGAGCGCCUCCGCGCGUCGUCUCGCGGGGCGGACUCGCAGAGUCUCGCCUCGCAGGCAGACGCCGCGUCCUGUAGCCCAUGUGUCUCUUCUUCCCCCGCCGAAGGACGCGGCGGGCUUCAGAGCGCCGCGGAGACGGGCGCGGAGGACGCGAUCGGCUGCCACGGGGGCGACCAGGCGAAGGCGGAUGCGCUGCGGCCCUGUCAGGAGCAGGAAUCCCGCUUGAGGCGCGCAGAAAGCGGUGGGCACGCGAUGUCCGUGGCCUUUCCGGCGCCUGUUGCGCCGUCGUUCGGCGAGGAGCUUCGUGAGGAAUCCGAGAAGGGAGAAAAGGCGAUUUACGGCGACGGCGUGUCUUUCAAGGAGGUCCUGUUGCGAUCGAACGCACUGGAGCGCUGUCUGCUGGCGAUUUCGCGGCGCAGCACGCUGCGGAAUUUCUUCGCACUGCACACGGAGGAGCUCCUCGCGGCGCGGCGCGAGGCGCACCGGCGCUACGAGGCGCGCCAGGAGAAGUCGCAAGCGGGCGGCGCCGACGCCUCGCCCUCUUCUUCCUCGACCUCCUCCGCUCUGGCGUCCACGCUCCCUGGAAGCCCGGCGGAAGGCUCCACGCUCUCCGCGCCCUCUGCGCCGAGGACUUCUCCCGGCGCCUCCUCGGCGGGAAAAACGACAGCGGAGGAUCCCCUCCUCGUCUCUGCUUCCUCCGAGAACAAGGCCUCCACGCCACUCGCUGUCUCGGGGGCGGAAGACGCGGCACUGUCCGCGUCCUCGCUGGCCUCUCCGUCCUCCGCAGCAGACGCCCCGGUGGCGUCUGCGGCGCCGGCGCCCGCGAUGGACGCGGUGCUUUCGCUGAUGUCGCUCUGCCUGCCGGGGUCGCAGGACAAGCACCUGGAGCUUCUGCACGAGCUCCUGACUGCUGCCUCCGCAGCCGCCGGCGCGGCGGCGGCCGCCUCGCUGGGCGGCGCCCUGCGGCUCGCCGUCGAUGCCCGCCGCGAGCGCCGAAGCAGCUGCGAAGACCUCCGCGACGAGGAAACCGCCGCGGAGGGCAUGGCGCCCGAAAAAAGGGAGGCCGCCGGCGCCGAGGGGGCCGGCGAGGAAGGCCGCGGCGAAGGCGCGAAGGGGGGAGCGGAGGAAGACGACGCACCUGCGGCGACGGCGCCGGCGCUGCAGACGGCGCUGGUGAACGAAGGACUUGGCGUCCUCGAGGCGAUUCUGCAGAUCGUGAGCGCGUGGAAGCGGAACUGGGUGCUGGAGAGGAAGGAGGACGCGAGGAGGCGCCUGGAGGCGGAAGCCCGACACCUCGCCGCGAAAAUCGAAGACUGCGACUUCUCAGAAAACGACCAGGAGGAGGAUCCGCUGGUCACGCACAACAUCCGCUUGCUGGCGAACGCGCAGCUCUUGGAUUUGCAGCAACGCAUCAUCCUCGUAAAGCAGAAGCUCCUCGUCGAGCAGACGGCGGAGACGCAGCGGAAGAUGCAGCUCCUCGGCGCGCUCAAGGCGCGGCGCGAGGUGCUGGCAAGAGGCCUCGAGGGCGGCGAGGACGCGGCAGAGGAGCUGAAGAAAGAUGUGCAGCUGCGCAUGACAGAAGCGAGCGAGGCUCUCGUGAAGGAGGCCGCAGGGCUCGAGGAGCGACGCACAGCGCUGAGUGAAAGACUGAAGAAGCUGAGGGAGGAACGGAUGGAGCUCGAGAGGCGCCUCGAAGACUGCCUGCAUACGAUCGCCACGCUGGAGUCGGAGCAGCUCUCGCUGCAGAGGGAAGAAGACGGCCUCCACUUGGAUCUGCUGCAUGUUCAAAAGCAGUACAAGGAGCAGAUGCAUCUCCAUCACCGGCAGACGCAGCAGCAGAGCCUCCUCCGAACGUCUCUCGAGGAGCUCGGCCGAACGGGCGAUAGUCUCGUCACCCUCUUCGAGCUCGAUGCAGAGAAAAAGCGCGACAGCACCGCGCAGGACGUGGAAAAACUGAAAGCGGCGCUUCAGACGCAGGUCUGCCGGCACUUUGCCUUCGAGAAGACCCGGCUGCAGCAGCAUGUGCAGCUUCUCCUGCAAUGCAUGCAGACACUGGAUAAGCUGCUGGGCUGUCGCGGCGAGGAGAGGACUGAGGGCUUCUCCGCCGCCGCGCAGAGCCUCGCGAAGAAAGACGGCCUCCAGGAGAGCGAAAGCCUGUCUGAGCGGCUGGAGGCGCUCGACCCCGACGCGCGCGCCGCGCUGCUGCACACGCGCAAGCGCUUCCUCCGCGCGUGCCGGCAACUGGACCAGUGCUUCGCAGAGACUGAGCAGUUCGUCUCCUUCCACAAAGCCACGCUGGUCGACGCCAUUCGCCAGCAGCAGCAAACGCUACGACACCGCCGAGAGGGGGAGGAAGACGAGAAAAACGAGGCGGAGGGCGCGCAGACUCUCGCGCCUGAGGGUCGCGCCGGUCUUCAAGGCGCAGGAACGAACGCCGCCGCAGCCGACCUCGAUCCACUGAAGGACAUUGCGGCGCUAUACAGGCAGACUAAGAAGCAAAUCGCCCUCUACCUCGGCCGCCUCUCGACUGCGUCACCGCCUGCGGUUGCAGCGGAAGCCGGGGUGCGACCGUCUCCGCUUCCUCCGCCCUCCCCCACGGUGCCUCCUUCGCAGCCGUCCGCUGCCGCCGCGACGCCUCGGCAGGCCGCGGCUCUCGCGGCGCCUUCUUCACCCCCGAGCGCGCGGCCUGCGCCUCCUCCUGCCGCCCCCGUGCCAAGUUUGCCGCUGUCCGCCGCGCCGCAGCCGCAGAGGCUGUCGCCCUUUGCCCCCGCUUCGUCGGGCGCGCCCUCGGCUCCAGUCUCCUCGGUUCUUACGGCGCCUGCGGCAUCGCCGGCGCGACCAGAGGCUUCUACAGGGGCUAGGCAUCUCCCAGCCUUUGCUGCUGCCGGGCGCGCCAAAGAACCUGCGCCGAGCCUCGCGCGGGUGUUGGGCUUCAGCUCGACGCCCACGUCCCCGUCUCCGCCCUCGGAGCCGCGGAUCUCCGCGGGCGACGCGGGAGGGGCGAAGGCCGAUGUUCACGCGAGGAUGCAGCCCGCGGCAGAGGGCGGGGGCGCGCAGCGAGACGAGAAGCGGCUGGGGUCGGAUUUCCAGAUUUUUGACUUGAAGACGCCUCCGCUGUCGCCGCGGGAGGCUGAAGGCCAGGUGGAGAAGAAGGGCGCGGCGAACGCCUGGCAGGACGACGUCGAUCUACUGGCAGACGACAAACUCGAUAACUGGCUCAUGGACUAA